AGUCAAGAAAAAGUGAAGCAAAACAUGGCUGCGAUAGUUCGGGUAAAAAGGUUUUUAGACGCAGAUCCAUUGGAUACUUUUAUAUUAAAAUGCAAAAAAAGAAAAUUAGAUCACAGUUCUGAAAACAAACAAGUUGAAGUUGAAACAACCGUUCUUAAAUUUGCAGGAACGAUAAAAACGCAAGAAACAGAAACCGUUUUGGCACAUUUAAAAACUAAACAUUUACCAGUUUUAGAAGAUUUGAAAAGUGAUAUAAAAAAACAUACUGUUAAUUUAACCGAUAAACUAAGAUUACAACAUAAAGAAGCUUCAAAAAAUAGUCGUUAUAAAAUUGUAAAUCUACAUAGAUCCAAUUUAGAUAGUUCUGACAAAGAUACUGAUGAUAAAUUUACCAUCCUUGAUGUAGAAACAGACAUUAAUGAAAAUAGUUCUCAGACAGUCAAUAAAAAUGAUACAGAAGAGGAGAAAUAUGUUUAUGAUUUAUAUUACACAAAUUCAGAUAAAUUAUGGGAAAGAGAUAUUGAAGAAUAUGUUAGUAUUUACCCAUUAAAUGAUUCCCUGCUGGUAGGAUCAGCUAGAGACAAUGGUUUGGAUGAAUCUGAUAGUGAUGACAGUGAAGAUUCAAAUGCUGAAUGCAACUGGAGAAAUGAAUAUCCUGAUGAAGAUGAUAUGGAAUCUAUAAAUGAAGAUGAUAUGGUUGAGGCUAUGAAAAACGUGGAUUUAGAUGACCUUUCCAGCGAUAAUGAAGAUAAUAUUUACAGUGUAGACAGUGAUGAUGAAUAUCAUGAUGCUGUUGAUGAUGCAGAUGUUAAUAUGUAUGGGAAAAGGUAUGCUGCAUUUAAAGCAAAACAUAAACAGGCAUUUGUAGAGACUACUAGUUUUAGCAAUAAUGAUCUAUAUUAUGGGGAUAUUGAUGAAAAUGAAUAUUAUUACUAAUUAGUUAGGACAAAAAUUAUAUUUCUAGUGUAAACAAUAAAUAAAAAAUUUAUGUUCCAACUUA